UUGUGUGAGAAUUUUUCGAAUAUUUAUUCACAAGGAUUUGAUGCAUUGCAUCGAUCUGUGGGCAAUGUUGGUGUUGGAUUCUUCGACUCGCCCACAGGGAAUGACAGGGAUUAUUUCUAUGCCCUUUCUGCCUUGAGAGAUUUCCUCAUAGAAUUAAAUCACCAUGAGAUGUGUCUAAAGCAAAGACAUCCAUAUGGAGAUGCAUUUGACAGACAGUCAGAAGUUGUUGUUGCUGUUUUAUUGACAAAUCAUCUUCUAUCCCGCCUUGUAUAUGGUAACAGAUAUCUUAUAAGCAAUGACUACGAAGGACGACCAAACAAAUGUCCAUGUCUGAAGCCAUUAGAUUGUGCAUCCCUUAUAAAUUACGGACAAACAGGACUUGGAUGUGAGGAAAUUUGGUACGGUCAUCCUGAUAUAGUUUUGGUUCCUUCACGCUUUUCAUACGUUCCACUGUGCUUUAUUGGUGAUGAUCCUGAGGAUGAAUUGCAAGAGGAUGAAGAAAUUCUCACAAAAGAUUGCCUCCAGGAGAAUUAUCCGACUGACAUAUGUGAAGAUUUAGGUGCAAAAUUGAUCUUUGAGAAAUAUGCUGAGCAGAUACUCAGUCAAGCUAUUACUUUUUCUUUUUGUGAAGCAAAUGUAGCUUUAACAGAUGGAGAAGGGCUGUGUGGUCCUACACUGGUGCCAUCAUUGGUUUUAACUCCUCUCUAUUAUUACAUUGUAAUGUAUGAUUAUGAAAAUGACAUAUUGUUAAGUAGUGGACAUCGACCUACAUCAUUGUGGGAUGAAAGUGGAGUGAGAUUCAACUUGUCUGCUAUUUUGCAAAUUUGGAUGGUUCUCAAUCACCGCUUUUUUGGCCCAAAAUUAAAUAAUACACUUUUGAAAGACUUUUCCCAAAGUUGCAACUUUAAUAAAAUAUUGAAAGAGCUGCAGAUGUUUGAUAAAACAAAGGACAUCUCCUACAGUCCAUCUGUUAGACGAAAAGAAACAAAACAUUUCAUGCUUUAUUCAGAAUAUAUGAAGUUGAAUAAAUGA